AUCUCCAACAAUAUUUCUGGUUUCAUUCACAGCAACACAAACUAUUUCACAUUUCUUCAGCAUCAAAACAAUUUCCAUUCCUCCCACUAGAGUUGCAAUUUCCAUCACAACUUAAAACAUCCGUCCCAUUUUGUACUAGAAUCAAAGAAAUGAUGAGUAACAAGAGAAGCAGAGGAGAAAUGGAAGAGAGCAUGGCAGCAACCAUGGCAAAGUGUUUAAUGCUAUUAUCACGUGACCGUGGAGAUAUCGACUAUCAAUCCGUGAUUCAGCAACAUAAAAUGCCAUCAAGUACUCAAGGCCGUAUUUACGAGUGCAAAACAUGUGAUAAACGAUUUCCAUCGUUUCAAGCACUAGGAGGACAUAGAGCAAGUCACAGGAAACCUCGGUUAAUGGAACUAUAUUCAUCAGAUGAUCAAAGUAUCAAUGAUGACCAACAGCAAGGGAAGAAACAAAAAGUUCAUGAGUGCUCGAUUUGCGGUUUAACGUUUGCGAUUGGACAAGCAUUAGGUGGUCAUAUGAGGAAGCACAGAGCUGCCAUGAUUGAAUCUUCAUCAACAACCGCAACUGCAGAAACAACAAGUACAGGGUUGUCAUCUUCAUCAUCAUCUGACUUUACACACAUUACUCUUCAACAAGAAGUAGUACCGGAAGUGCCAGUAUUGAAGAGAUCAAAUAGUAGCCGGAGAGUUUUGAGUUUGAAUUUGGAUUUGAGCUUAUCUCUUCUUCCUUUAGAUAAUACGGGUUUUGAAUUCUCCACUACUGUAAAUGCAGACAAACAUAUGCCAUCUACUCCAUCCAUGAUUUAUAGUUUUUUCCAGAGAGACAUGAUGAGUAACAAGAGAAACGGAGGAGAAAUGGAAAAAAGCAUGACAGCAACCAUGGUAAAGUAUUUAAGCUUAUUAUCACAUGACAAUGGAGAUAUCGAUUAUGAUUCUGUGAUUCAGAAACAGAGGAUGCCAACAAGUAUUCAAGGCCGUAUUUACGAGUGCAAAACAUGUAAUAAACAGUUUCCAUCUUUCCAAGCGCUAGGAGGACAUAGAGCGAGUCAUAAGAAACCUCGAUUGAUGGAACUGUACUCAUUAGAUAAUCAAAGUAUCAGUGAUAACCAGCAGCAAGCGAAGAAACAAAAGGUUCAUGAGUGUUCGAUUUGUGGUUCAAAGUUUGCGAUUGGGCAAGCUUUAGGUGGUCAUAUGAGAAGACAUAGAGCUGCCAUGAAUGAGUGCUCGUCGACAAUAGCAGCAGCAACAACGACAGGAUUGUCGUCCUCAUCAUCUGAUAAUACUGACAUUAGUUUUCAAGAAGAUGUACUUCCGCAAGUGCCGGUACUGAAGAGAUCAAACAGUUGCAGGAGAGUGUCGAGUUUGAAUUUAGAUUUGAGCUUAGCUCUUCUUCCUUUAGAUAGUAAUAAUGAAUUUGAAUUCUCCACUAUUGAAAAAGCAGACAGACAUAUGCCAUCUACUCCACUCAUGGUUUAUAGUUUUGUUUGAUUCUGAUUAUGAUUAAAAAUGUAACUAGAUUUAACAUUUUACAUAGAAUUCAUACUUUUAUUAAUCUGAGUAAUAACAUUUUACAUGGGA